AGCUCCUCCUCCGCCUGCACCUGGGCCGCCGGCACCUGCGUCGCCUGGCCCGGGCACCAUGAACGGCGGCGGCGGCGGCACCAACAUCACCUACGCCAGUCGCAAGCGGAGGAAGCCGGUGCAGAAGACGGUCAAGUCAAUCCCUGCUGAAGGAGUAAAGUCAAACCCUUCGAAGCGACAUAGAGACCGUUUAAAUACAGAGUUGGACCGACUGGCAAGCCUGCUACCUUUUCCACAAGAUGUUAUUAAUAAGCUGGACAAACUUUCAGUUCUUAGACUCAGUGUCAGUUAUCUGAGAGCCAAAAGCUUCUUUGAUGUUGCAUUAAAAUCACCUUCAGCUGACAGAAGUGGAGUCCAGGAUAAUAGUUCAACAAAAUUCAGACAAAGCCUGAACUUACAAGAAGGAGAAUUUCUAUUACAGGCACUGAAUGGUUUUGUGUUGGUUGUCACUACAGAUGCUUUGGUUUUUUAUGCUUCUUCAACCAUUCAAGACUACUUGGGAUUUCAGCAGUCUGAUGUCAUACAUCAAAGUGUGUACGAACUUAUUCAUACUGAAGAUCGAGCUGAAUUUCAGCGUCAGCUACUCUGGGCAUUAAACCCUUCUCAAAUUGCUGACUCUGGGCAAAGAAUUGAUGAAGCUAAUGGCCUCCUAGAGCCAUCAGUUCAUUAUAAUCCCAACCAGCUUCCUCCAGAAAGUUCAUCUUUUAUGGAGAGGUGCUUCAUAUGCCGGCUCAGAUGUCUGCUGGAUAAUUCAUCUGGUUUCCUGGCAAUGAAUUUCCAAGGAAGGUUAAAGUAUCUACAUGGACAGAACAAGAAGGGGAAAGAUGGAUCCAUCCUUCCAUCUCAGCUAGCUUUGUUUGCUAUAGCUACUCCGCUUCAACCCCCAUCCAUACUUGAAAUCAGAACCAAAAAUUUUAUAUUCAGAACCAAACACAAAUUAGACUUUACACCUACUGGGUGUGAUGCCAAAGGAACGCUUGUUUUGGGCUAUACAGAGGUAGAGCUGUGCAUGAAAGGAUCUGGAUAUCAGUUUGUUCAUGCUGGAGAUAUGCUUUAUUGCGCUGAGUGCCAUAUCCGGAUGAUUAAGACCGGAGAGAGUGGUAUGACAGUGUUCAGGCUUCUUACCAAAGGCAACCGAUGGACUUGGGUCCAAUCUAAUGCACGAUUAGUUUAUAAAAAUGGAAGACCGGAUUAUAUCAUUGCAACUCAAAGACCUCUAACAGAAGAAGAAGGAGCAGAGCAUUUACACAAACGAAGUACAAAACUGCCUUUUAUGUUUACCACUGGCGAAGCAGUAUUGUAUGAGUUAGCCAACCCUUUGCAUGCCCUGAUGCAACCAUUGCAGAAACAGACCCAAAAUGGUGCGAGUCAAGAUUCUGCUGCCAAAUCAGCUCUCAGCUUGGAUUCUCUUCAUCCCAGCUCUGUCCUGGCGGCCCUCAUUCAACAAGAUGAGUCUAUAUAUCACUAUCCUACUUCGAGUUCCAUGCCUUUUGAAAGAAAUUUUGACAGGGCUCUGAGUGAUUUGCAGUACAGCGCCAUACCACCGGAAAAUGAUCUCCCCACACUUGAGCCAUUGGGUCAGACUCAGGAAGUGAGCCCUGAUAAUAAAAACAGUGACUUAUACAACAUUAUGAAAUACCUGGGUGUUGACUUUGAAGAUAUCAAACACAUGCAGCAAAAUGAAGAAUUUUUCAGAAGCGACCUUUCGAGCGAAGGGGACUUGCAUGACAUUAACGUCGAUGAGAUCCUGACCUACGUUCAGGACUCUCUGAAUAAGACUGCCUUUUUGGGUUCAGGUUACCAGCAACCCCUGGUUCCCAAUGCAGCCUCCUGCAUGGUGCAGGAGAGCCUGCGGUUAGAGCCGCCACCACCAACACCCCUUCAGAAGCAUCAGGCCACGGAGCAGCAGCAGCAGCUAUGUCAGAAAAUGAAGCAUAUGCAGGUGAAUGGCCUGUUCACAAGCUGGAACUCGGCGCAAUCUGUGCCCCUGAGCUGUUCACAGCAAGAUCUCCAGCCCUAUGUCUUUUCAAAAUUACCUGGGGCCAGUCAGGGGUUUCCCUACAAAGCUGAGAUGGCCACCAUGCCUUAUACACAGAACUUUAUUCCCUGCAAUCAGUCGAUGCUACCAGAACAUUCCAAGAAUCUCCAACAUUUAGACUUUCCCACAGGGAAUUUUGAACCUUCCCUCUACCCUCCAGCUACUCCUUUAGAAGAUUUUGUCACAUGUUUACAAGUUAAUGAAAGUACAAAGCAAGAAGUCGUUCGGCAGCCAGCCAUGGUAACACCUCAGACCUGCUAUGCUGGAGCAGUAUCAAUGUACCAGUGCCAGCCGGAGAUUCAACACAACUCCAUGUCUCACCUGCAGUAUCAUCCUACCAUGCCAAGCUCACAGGCAUUUGCCAGCAAGUUUCCGAAUGGAGAUGCUUUAAAUGAGACUUACGCGGCUGAAUUAAGUCCCAUGAGCGAUCCUCGGUCUACUGCACAACUUCAGUCCCUUCAUCACCCCACAGAAGCUAGACCUUUUCCUGAUUUGACAGCCAGUGGAUUUCUCUAAUUCUAAAGUCCCAUGUUCACCUGAACUUUUUCAAGAUAAAUCAACAUACCCAUUUUUUGACAUAGACAUCAGUGUAUGUUGCUCACAGUGUUAUUCCAAGCCCAAGUCUACAAAAUAUCAUCCUGUACACAAUCAUCAUUAAAACAGGAAGUAUGCUGCCACAGGGAAGUAAGAUGUUAUCUUUUUCUAUUUUGUUCUUUCAGUGCAGAUCAUAAAGUGGUUUGGUGCUUCUUUGAAGUCAGUCUCACUGCUUUCUUU